AUGAGAUUCCGUGGGAAGGAUGUGGCACGGAUCAACUUGAGUAUCAGCAGAUGUGAGAAGAGUGCGUCCUGGCGAUCUGCCCUGGAUCUGUUUGCUCAGCUGGGAGGAGCCCGUGACCCGAUCAGCUUCAACUCCAGCAUCACUGCGUGUGGGAGGGCCCUGCAGUGGGAGAUAUCACUGCAGCUCUUCCAGGAUGCCUACCACUCUUCUUUGGCAGAUGUCAUCAGCUACAAUGCCACAAUUCAUGCCCUUCAGUGGGCCAGCCGCUGGCAAGGAGCCUUGCAGCUUUUCGAGACCAUGCCGCAUGCACACGUGCAGCCGGAGACCUCCAGCUUCAACGCGGCGAUCAUGGCCAUGCGGAAGGGCACUCUUUGGGCAAUGGCACUGCAGCUCUUUCAGGAGAUGAGGCCGGUCCGCCCGGAUCGCAUCACCGCGAAUGCGCUGAUCCGGGCGGGGGCGGAGGGCGAGCCGCGCGAUGCAUGGAAGGUGGCCUUGCAGAUCUUUCAAUGGAUGCGAGAGCUCGAUUUGUGCGAUACCAUCAGUUACAACACAGUCUUGGCCUCCUAUGCCGCCAGUCGCCGCUGGGCUGAGGCUCUAGCCUUUUUCGCAUCCAUGCGCGGUGACACAGCUUCUCCGCCUCGCGUGGUGCACCCGACGCGUGGUGCACCCGAUGCCGUCAGCUAUGGGGCAGUUGCAAGCGCAGCAGAGAAGGCCGCUGUGUGGCCUGUGGCCUUGCAGAUCUUGGAGGAGUUGGUGAAGCAGCCUGAGCUCGAGGUGGCCGAGGCCAGGGUGACCUUCAACAUCGCGAUCAGCGCUGCAGGAAAAGCAGCUGAGUGGUCAAAGGCCCUGCAACUCCUCAAUGAGAGCGGGCUUCGGAGGAUCCUCCCAGAUGUGAUCAGCUUCAACGGCGCUCUGAACGCCUUGACGCGUGCGGCCCGCUGGACGCAGGCGCUGGAGCUCUUCGCCGCGCUGCGCAGGUGUCUUCAGCCCAGUCAGAUCAGUUUCAGCACUCUGAUCUCCGCCAGCAGCAGUGCUGGGCAGUGGCGCAUUGCCUUGCAUUUGCUGCAACAGAUGAUCCAAGAAGAGUUGCAGCCAGGCCUUGUGGCCUCCAAUGCGGCCCUGAACGCCUUCGAGUCGCUGGGGCAGUGGCGCCGGGCGCUCGAGCUCUUCGUCACCCUGGGUGACUCUCCGGAUGCUUUCACCUACAGCAGCCUGAUCAGCUGUUGCGAAAAGGCUGCCGUGUGGCAAGUGGCUUUGCAGCUCCUGGCGCAGUGGCGAUGGCGCGGUGAUUCGGAGACGAGCCUGGCGCGGCAACUGAGGGGAACGCCGCAGGAACGCGCCGACUUCGCCGUCCAUCCAGUGGCCGACAUCGGACCGAAGACCGGUCCAUGCCGCGGAACCCAAAAAGCGGAGGAAGAGUCUUCGAGAUCUCACCUGGUGAUGAUGCUCUUCUUGGGCACUCGCGACGUGCACACAGGCCAACUGCGCACUGCUGGCAAGCUGAGCUUCGUAGAUCUGGCCAGCGGCAUAGAUGUGAAGAUGAUCUUACUGCUGCUACCAUCAAAGUGCUCCAUGCAGGCCGGUAGUGAGCGGCUGAAGCGCAGCGAGGCAGUGGAAGCGACGGAGGAGGCAAAGAAAAAGUCUCUGGCACGCCCACGACGACUCCUCUUCGGUCGCAGGCCCUGCGCACUGGUGGGCCCGCGGGAGCAAUUCCGGGCAAGUUUGGAGGAUCCUGAAGACCUGCUCGUGCAGCGCUUGGGCUUGGCCACCUGCAAUGAGCUCCGGCAGACUUUAGAGGCGAACGCCGCGCUUCGCGCGACGAAGGCUUUCUCCGGGACAACGCCCUGCAGGUGCUGCCAUUGGAUCCGCGUCUUCCUGAUGCACAACCCAUCUAUAGGCGACUCUUCCAUUUGGGCCAAGCACAGCGCUUGGCCGAGGAUGAGAAGCAGCUACGGCGGAAGCUGUUGA